UAUUUAUUUUAGAUAUAUGUAUGUACAAAAAAUCAGAAUAAUAAGUCAACCUUAAAGCGAAAUGUUAAGCUUCCAACACAUGAUUUAAAUAAGCUAUAUAACAUAUGGCAAGUUUUAAAAUUUCUAUUUUUGAUAAUUUUUUAUCCGGCGGAAGUGUUGGUAAUAACUUCCGGAGUUCUGUGAACGCUACGUUGAACGCUUCAACUCUAAUCCUUUCACCUAAGCUCGCCGACGUCUUCUUCGUUCCUCUCUAGAUAGUCCGGCUAGUUCCGAUUGGACACCGUUGUCUUGCUUUCUUUUGCCACAACCGGCAGGGGCAUUGAUGCUGUUCUUGGAUAUUGGUAUCGGAGUCAGGGAUUCACAUGUUAGUCCAGUUAACGAACCUCUACUUAUGGACACUGUUGGAGGACUCGGAAUCUGAAAUUCGUCGAUGCCGUACACCAUCUGCAGAUAAUUAUAGAAAGAUUAGGAAAUACCAGGUCAGUAAACGACAAAAAAUGGACACUGCAUACUCGGCCGAGAUUAUAAAUAAAUUUGGUAAUAUGAACUUACGCAACAAGCCACGUAGCAAGGAACCGGAAUAUGGAAAACUGACCCCGGAACAGAUAUUAGAUGUACAUCGGCCACUUCACGAAAGGCCAAAAACGGCACAAUUUGUACCAGCGAUUUGCAACUUUCAAACGGCCCGCAAAAUGGCCCAGGAAAAUCUGGAACAUCAACCACUCCCCGAUGCCGUUAUGGAUAUAGCUUUUCGGAAGGCGCAAGUGGCAGGGUCAUCAAAUCCAGGAGCUGCGCUAGAAGUUGGACCAUAUGCAACAGGUGUCGGCUGUAAGAAUUACAAGGCCGGCCCUACUAAAUGCACAAAAUAUAGAGUAUAUCGACCUAAAACAUGUGGUGUCAUCCCAAAACCGCUGAGUGCUUCGGGUAUGAAUGAAAGAAUUCCCGAUUUUAAAAAACCUAAAAAGACCGGAGCUAUGGACUUGGCUAUUGGGUGGGACUACCGUACAAAGCAUGAACCUCACAAAGGAAUCUACAUGGAUGGUUCCAAACCUUCUGUUGCUCCUCCAAUAUUUGAAGUCGUUGAGCCUCCGAGAGAUUUAACGUUGCCAAACGUUGUGCACUCUGGAGGAGUUUUCUCGAAUACAUUGGGAGAGGAAGAUUUCUUCGAUCGUGAUGUGAUACGACAGCAUGACGAAUACACGAAAAAUUACAAUUUGGAAAACCGAUGUAAAUGUAAUGGUAGCUCGAAACCUAAAUCUGCCAGAUCGAAUAAAUCAGCUAAAUCAAAUCGAUCCGAACGACAGAAAUCACCCAAUGAACGUUCGAAGGAAACGCAAGAAUCAGCCGAACUCCCUGAUCUUUCAGAACAUGUUAAUCCAAAUUCUCCACUUAUGAUGCACAUGGUAGAACAUGAAAUGAUGAUGCCCAACUCUAGGCAACGAUCGCCGAGUGAUAAGCAAAAAGAUAAUAAGAUUCCACGUUUAUGUCAUAAUACCCAGCCGGAUGAGAUUACUUACAAAGUGCAGCACGAGUUUCGGUGCGCGUUCAAAGCUGGAAUUCCACAGAGCAAUUCUUCAGGGACGGUUGCUAGCUUUGAUAGUGGGAUUUCGAACUGCUCUAAAAAAAAUGAAUCAAAAAAGCUAAUUGUUCCCAAACCAAGAGAUCCGUAUAGCAAGAAAAAUUAUAUAAUAGACUCCCUUGUGCCUCCGUUUGCAUUCUGGAAAAAAGGUUCCGGCUAUCCAGAUUACUGGCGUUUGGUAAGUGUUUACCAACACGCCUAUAAGCCGGCAGAAAAACGAAAAUACCCCUUGCUCAAGACAGUGUAUCAAUAAUAUUGUUAAAUUUCUCACAGAAAUAGCAAAAUGUGCACAAUAAUGGAUUUCUUUUUCAGAGAUUGCUAAUAAAAUU